AUGGAGGAUGGAGGAUGUUAUUAUCAGUGGCCUGAGUGUGAAAACCUCGCUCCUAUAUUUACAUUUCUCCUGGAGGGGAGAACUAGCUCGGAUCACACAGACGACCCUCAGAGUCUUCAGGAGCUGAUUGAGGAGAACCUUCUGCAGACCCUCCCCUCGUCCCCCGUGUCCCCCCUAUCUCGUCAGCGCUGGCCUCAUCCGGGACUGCUGCCUCAGCCAGACCCUCACAAGGAUCCAGCUCCAUUCAUUCUGGACAUCAGGAACUUCCCCGAACUGGCCAAUGCAGACAUGAGCUCUCAAAACCCCAACAUACAGGUCACUAUCGAAGUGGUGGAUGACACUCAGCCGCAGACCGAGGUGGAGAUGGACUUGGCCAAAGAAGGCCAAAGAAACGACUGGUCCCCGUCAUCGUCAGAGUGGGCAAAUAGCCACCGGAAGUUGUUCUGGCCUCUGUUCUGGGAGUAUCCUGAGCACAUAGACAACGGUCUGGAUGGACCCGACAGUGCGGAGGACCAGGGCUUUGACCCAGAGGAGUCCAUGCUCAGUGGAGUCGGAGGAGACUGGGGAAGCAACUGGAACAAGGAGUGGAGAGAUAACUACGAGUUCGAGGAGGAGUGGAGUGGCUGGGCCCCCUGCAGUGUGAGCUGUGGUCAGGGCUCCCAGAAGAGGACCCGGUCGUGUGGUUACGCCUGUGUGGCCACCGAGUCCAGGAGCUGUGAGCUGAGCAGCUGCACAGUCACUGUGAUGCCAGCCACCGACACAACUCCACUCCACACUACUAACAGCACCGAGUCCCUGGACACGAACGUGGACAGCUGCGAGAAGUGGUUGAGCUGCAAGAAUGACUUCCUGCAGAAAUACCUCCACCAGGUUCUCACUGAGUUACCCAGCUGCCCCUGUGCCUACCCCUCUGAGGCCGUGUACUCCGCGGUCAACAUCCAGGACCACAAACUGCGCAAGACGUUCCGAUGGCGCGAUGCGAGUGCACCCAAAGAGCGGCUGGACAUCUACAAGACCAGCGCGCGUUUUUGCAUCCGCUCCAUGCUUUCCUAUGACAGCACCACACUUGCGGCCCAACACUGCUGCUAUGAUGCACAAAUGAGGCUUAUCACGAGGGGAAAAGGGGCUGGGUCUCCCAAUUUGAUAAGCACUGAGUUUUCGCCGGAGUUACAUUACAAAGUGGACAUCCUGCCAUGGAUUUUGUGCAAAGGAGACUGGAGCAGGUUUCAGUUGGUACGGCCGCCGAACAAUGGGCUGGAGUGCACGCAAAACCCCAGUGAAGACGUGUUUCAGAUUGAGCUACAAGAGGCAAAAGAGUAUUGA